AUGGCCACCCUCCCAACUGCUGCUGCUGCUGCUGCUGCCUCUCCGGCGAAGCCCGCCAAGGCGAAGAAGGACAGCUCGAAGCCGAAGGCGGUGCCCACCCACCCGCCAGUGGCGGCCAUGGUCAAGUCGGCCAUCGGCUCGCUGAAGGAGCGCAACGGCAGCUCCUUGCAGGCGAUCAAGAAGUACAUCGCCGCCAACUACAAGGUGGACAUUGAGCGCGUCUCGCCCUUCAUCCGCAAGCACCUCAAGGUGGCUGUCACCAAGGGCCUGCUGGUGCAGUCGAAGGGCAAGGGCGCCAGCGGCAGCUUCAAGCUCAAGUCCAAGGAGGCUAAGAGCGGAGGCGCCGCCGGUGCUUCGGGCAAGCCCAAGGUGGCCAAGGCCAAGAAGGCGGAGCACAAGAACCGGGCUACGAAGAAGCCAAAGACCGCCAAGCCAAAGAGUGCCAGCCCAGCCAAGCCGAAGGCAGCCAAGCCUGCCGCCGCCGCCGCCGCCGCCGCCGCCGGAGGAGCCGCCGCUGACUCAGCCAAGCCAGCGAAG